AUGACACAAUCAACAGAAACUCCGGCUACCCAGAAUUUGUACCAUCGGGAUCCGCUGCACCAGCAGCAGCAGCACCAUCACCACCAUCACCACCACCAGGUACAGGUACAGGCACCACCGGCGCAAGUGCACGAAUACACUUUGCCUCAAGUUGUCAAUAACAAGACAUCCACGGCAAAUCGAAUGACAAUACGCGAAUACAAGAAAAUUGGGGAAGGCGCGUUUGGAACCGUUGUUGAAGCAGUAUUGAGGUAUGACAAUUCAGAACCAAAUUCCAAUAUAUCGAGUACCACCAGCAGCAGCGGUGUCGGUGUCGGUGUCGGUGUUGGUGUCGGUGUCGGUGCCGGUGCCGGUGCCGGUGCCCUUGCCAAAGACGAAUGGUUGGGACCUUUUGCCAUCAAGCGAGUACCCGCACAAACCGAGUACAAAUCAAGAGAAUUGGAAAUAUUGAGAGUUGUCCAGCACCCUAAUAUAGUCAGUUUACGAUUCUUUUUUGAUAAAAAGAGCUCAAUUGAUAAUAAAGUGUACCAAAACUUGGUGAUGGAAUGCUUACCCUCGAAUUUGCAAUCUGAAAUCAAAUUUUAUCGACAAUCAAAGUACACCAUCCCUUACCCGCACAUGAAAGCAUACACUUUCCAGUUGGCAAGGGCAAUGUUAUACCUACAUGGAUUCGGUAUAAGCCACAGAGACAUAAAACCAUCAAAUGUCUUGGUUGACCCUGCAACCAUUCGAUUAAAGAUUUGUGAUUUUGGUUCAGCAAAGAAAUUGGAACCAAAUCAACCUAGUGUUAGUUAUAUAUGUUCUAGGUACUACCGAGCUCCUGAGUUAAUUGUUGGUUGCUCAUUAUACACCACGAAAAUAGAUAUAUGGGGCUUGGGGUGUGUUGUUGCCGAGAUGUUUUUGGGUAAGCCCAUUUUUCAAGGACAAGCUCCUGAAUCACAAUUGAAAGAAAUUGCAAAAUUGUUAGGACCACCACCAAAUACUUUUUUCUUUAAAAGUAACCCCCAGUAUCGCGGCAAUAUGUACACUACAAAGCUAUUCAGCUGCUCAGUUGAAGAAAGGUUUAGCAAUAUUUUUAGCAAUUCGCCUCCAGACGCAAUUGAUUUAUUAAUGAAGAUUUUGGUAUAUGAUCCAGAAUCAAGAGCCAGUCCUCGAAGAGUAAUGGCGCACCCAUUCUUUGAUGAAUUGAAAUCAAAGGAGUUUAAAGUAUAUCCUAGAGGUUCUUCCACUGCAAUUGAGUUGAAAUUGUUUAAUUUUAGUGAAUUUGAAUAUGAAUUAUUGGGUCCCUAUAAAGAAGUACUUAAAGUGCAACAGUGA